AUGGCGGCGGAGCCGCUCGAGAGCGAGAUGAAGUUGCCAUCGCUGACAAAUCACAAAGGCCAAGGUAAAGGGAACCUGAGUGAUUGUGAUCACCGCAAUGCUGAAGCUCAUAAUGCCCCAGAUCCUGAGCACUUCCCACAAAAGAACGCCUUGCUCCCCGUCACUCGUGAAGCACUGGGUAAUCUGGAUGGCAGCAACACUCGGCACAUUCCAAAACACAGCCGUGAGAACAUUGAUCGUGCAAGAGACGAUCGUGACUUCCGGGAUCCCGAGCACUUUUUAAGAAGCGCGCAGUUCCUUAAGGUGGCCGAGGUAAAUGCCUAUCAUAUUUACGAGCAAAACAAGAUCGUGUUUCCGGCUGGGAUUAUGCAGUCGCCCUUUUUCGGCUUACGGUAUCCCGAGUACGUCAACUAUGGCUCCCAGGGCAUGCUUGCGAGCCAUGAAAUCAGCCACGGGUUUGACAACUUUGGUCGUCACUACGAUGAGUUGGGAAACAAGGUGGAGUGGUGGGACAACGCCACAAUCGUUGAUUUCGAAAAGCGAGCACAGUGUUUCAUCGAUCAAUAUGACCAGUAUCAGAUCAUCAACUCGGAUGGAAAAGCCGAGAACAUCACUGGAAUAAGUACCCAAGCCGAAACCAUCGCUGAUGCUGGUGGCAUCUUGCUGCAGCUCGCAACAUCGUUCCGAGUAUGGAAAAAGCGUGAGGCUGAAGCGCCUAGCCAACGCCUCCCUGCUCUCGAAAGUUUCACACCCGCGCAGCUGUUUUUCGUUGCCUUCGGUAACAGAUGGUGUAGCAAGUCACAGCCAGAAGUCUUGGAAAAGAGUAUUGGCGGGAGCCAUCCGCCUGACCGUGCGAGUAUUCUGUACACGGUUGCGAACUCGACUGGUUUCCUAGAAGCCUUCAACUGCCCCAAGAAGGAUCCAACAUGUGAGCUAUGGUAA